CAUUGUGGAGAAAAAAAAGAAGGAAAAUGCAAAGUGAAGAAAAAGCCAGAAAAAACAGGGAAAUGUCAAUUUUCGUUAAUGUUAAUUUGAAAAUAAUAAAGUUUGAAACUUUCGCUUGAAAAUUCAACCCAAAGUAGAAGUCUUUAUAGCGUAUAGCCGUACAUAUCUUCAAGAGAAAAACCCGAGUAACGGAAAAUUGUAUUAGAUUCUCCAUAUCUGCCUACUCUCCAAGAUCCAACUGUCUCUUUUCUGGAGCUUCACCAUCGGAACGGAAAAACAGAUACCCACCAAUCACUGCAAUUUCCUUUUUCCCGGAAAAUUCCUCGUUUUCUUCUCUUCUAUCUGUUUUCCUAACUCCAGCAGCCGAUCACGACUUUUCUCAUUUUCCUAAAUCUAUUAGACCUCAGAUUUCGUUUCUCUUGGAAGUGGGUUUCUCGUGGUUUCUUGGUUUCUUAACUCCCUUCUAGUGAUCUUGCUUUAGCUAUUCAGAAUCUGUUUAUUCAGGUUUUCGUUCCUUCCCUAAAGGUCUCUAUCUAUAUCAUGGGAGAUUGGCAACUCAGGACCCAGUAAACAGCAUAAGAGUUUCAAUUGUUACAUUGCUGCACAUAUUCCUCGGGAAUACCAGAUACUAUUGUAAAUAGAAUGGGAAUCCUUUCCCGCAGUAUGGGUAGUAAGAAACCAAAUGAGACAAUGAGGCUUAUUGUAACAACUUUUCUUGGAGUAGUUUUUGGAUUCCUGAUAGGGGUAUCUUUUCCAACAUUUUCACGGACUAAGCUGAAUAUCUCAUCCAGCCUUGUUCCUUCUGCUGAUCUAUCAUACGUGGAUAGCAGAAAACUGGGCUUAUACACUGAAACCACGUCGAAGGAUAACAAUAAGAACACUGCUCAAGCAGAAAAUCUAAAUGACACAUCAAAGAUUUGGGUCCCUUCAAAUCCCCAUGGUGCAGAAAGACUGCCGCCAGGAAUGAUUGAAGCUGAAUCAGAUUUCUAUUUACGCAGAUUAUGGGGUAAUCCUAGUGAGGACUUGACCAGCACACCAAAAUAUCUUGUAACCUUCACAGUUGGUUAUGAUCAGAGAAAAAAUAUUGAUGCAAACAUUAAAAAGUUUUCAGGGAACUUCACAGUCCUCCUAUUUCAUUAUGAUGGACGGGUGAGUGAAUGGGAUGAAUUUGAGUGGUCCAAGCAGGCUAUUCAUGUGAGUGCUCGUAAGCAAACCAAAUGGUGGUAUGCCAAGCGUUUUCUACAUCCUGAUAUUGUUGCGCCAUAUGACUACAUAUUUAUCUGGGAUGAGGACCUGGGAGUUGAGCAUUUUAAUGCAGAAGAAUAUAUACAACUAGUGAAGAAGCAUGGCUUGGAGAUUUCACAGCCUGGUUUAGAACCUAAUAAAGGAUUAACCUGGCAGAUGACAAAGAGAAGAGGUGACCGUGAAGUUCACAAAAUAACAGAGGAGAAACCAGGCUGGUGCACUGACCCACUUUUGCCACCCUGUGCAGCUUUUGUUGAGAUUAUGGCUCCUGUGUUUUCACGAAAUGCAUGGCGCUGUGUGUGGCAUAUGAUUCAGAAUGACUUGGUUCAUGGAUGGGGUCUUGACUUCGCCCUUAGAAAAUGUGUAGAGCCUGCCCAUGAGAAGAUAGGAGUUGUGGAUUCUCAAUGGAUUGUUCAUCAAAGUGUUCCCUCACUUGGAAACCAGGGCGAGACAGAAAAUGGAAAGGCGCCAUGGAAAGGGGUGAGGGAGAGGUGCAGGAAGGAGUGGACUAUGUUCCAAAACAGGUUGACGAAUGCUGAAAAUGCAUAUUUUAGGUCAAAGGCAAUGGAAUCUUCCAAUUCCACAGCCCAUUAGAAUGACAGCAAUGGUAGAAGCUGAGAGUGUAGAGUGUACACAACCAUCUUUACACCGCGGCUUCAGGUUUUGGAGCAGUUAUUAUUUACUAACGAUCAUUUUUCACCUGUGAACCAAAAUGCAUCUGAAACCCAUGUAGAGUUCUCGAAGGGAAGAGAACAAAUAAUUCCCUUGUAAUAUAAUUUUUUUUUGGUUA